AUAAGAUAAACCAAAUAGCUGCCACAAGUUAAUAUUAAGUAUCGCAACAAUCACAGACCGAUGCGCUUAUACUGCCUGCACAAGAUCAAUUCUUCAAAAAUGGCCACACACUCUCUCUUACUUUAAUUAUAAAAAAAAAAUUCUCAGCCCUCUCUCUUCCUCAACUCUCCAGUCCACCUUCCCAAGGGUUGCCGCCGACACCUUUGACACCUUUUGGUGACCGGCGGUAGCCCAUUGAUCCCUCUUUUUCAUGCUUCCUUUUCAAGCUCUCUUAACUAUGUUUUAGGCAUUUUUUCAUCGGAUUUUCCGGCUUUGUAAGCUUUUCCAGCCUAUGUGGCUUUUCAAUGUUCUAUGUUCUGGGGUUCUUGUUUCUCGGUUUGCUCUCUUUGGGGUUGGAUUUUGCAUCUUUGGCGUUUCUACCAGACUAUGUGCGGUGGUUGUCCCUCAAGAAGGUGGAUUUAAUUUUCUUUUGGUGAAUCCAUUCACUGUUUUCCCCCUUUGGCCUCUGCUGGUGGUUUAGAUCUGCCUCUUUGUCGUCGUCGUUGAGUGGACGAUAGAGUCUGAUCCGAUUGGCUGUGGUGACGGUUCUUUGAUUUGGGGGUGUGGGUUCUCCUGCUCGCCUUCACCAAGAUUUGGUUCCUUUGCUCCCUCUGCUUCUUCAGCUCGGAGCAAUCUGAUUCUCAUCCUUGACCACUGCCAUGCAAUCCCACAUCUGAGAUUCAUUGUGUUGAGCGUUUUCGAGCGACUCUCGAGAGGCGGCUUAUGGCAUUGCUGUGUUCAAUAGCCAUGGUUUCGGUCGGAUCGGACGAGAUGACUGUGCUUGGUGCUACUUUGUUUGGUUUGGUUGCAAGAGAGAUUUUUGUGCUACUGGUUGUGGAUCAAGUGUUUCACACCCAAUGUAGGGGUUGGUUCAUUUGGCGUUUUGUGAUUCCCUUUUUCUAUCUCUGUAACACUGUUUGUUUCAACUUUCGAUUGGAGAUGUUUACUCCUACUCUAGUUCUGGUUUCCUCUUUGAUUUCUCUUGUAAUCGAUCUUAAUGCAAGUGAUCCCAUUGUAAAAAAAAAAAAACGCAACUUGACGUUGGUCCACAAGUACAUUACGAAUUGACAAUAAAAAGGGCUUAAUUGCAAGUUUGGUCACUCGAAUUGCUAUAAAAUUUUACGUUUGCCACUCAAAUUAAUUUAUUCCAUUUAUAGUCACUCGAAUUAGUUGAACAGUUCAAGUUCGGUCACUCUCCGUUAACCUCCGUUAACUUUGACUCACGUGGCGGUCAACUCUGAUAGUUGACCGUUAAAUGUGUGACGUGGCAAAUAAAAAAUAAUUAAAAAAUAAAAAUUAAAUUUUUAGAAAUUACACAUCAUUAUCACAAAAAAUUAUAAUUAUAAAAAAUUUUAUAAUUAUAAUUUUUCCAUGGAGUUCAGGUGCAGAGCCGGCGACCGCAUACUGCCGCCGAUUGAGUCCUCCCACCACCGGCCUUCACCCUCCGCCGCCGUGCCUCAUCCGCCGUUUCGAGGUGUUCAGUCGAGCCUCCAACUGAUGACGGACGAGACGCUCCAUCGGGAGCUUGAGAAGGCGCGGGUGUGGCAGGAGAUAAUCGCGGAGGAGAUCGAGCGGCGUAAGGAGGUUAUGAGGGCGGAGUUGCGUCGGCAGAUGAUCGGGGAGACAGAUCCGGAGUCGGCGAUUUCGACGGCGGAGUCGGGGCGCCCGAUAUUUCCGGAACAGCCGCCGGAGCGCCGUUUCAUUAUUACUCCUCCGGUGCCGUCGACGCCUGAGGUCAUGCCUCCUUCUGCCUCUGCCGCAGAACCUAACAAAGCGGAGAAGCUGUCCGAUCUCGGAGGCGGGAAGCAUGAGAAAUCGGAGGACGAUGAGGGGGAGAAACCCAAGGAAGAUUUCAGGUGUGUGGUUUGCCAGGUGAGUGCUACUUCUCAUAAGCAAAUGAUCGAACACCUCGCGGGCAAGCAGCACGAGGCCAAAUCUCGCUCUUUGGCAGGGAGGAUAAAGACGAGAGUUGGUUCCCAGAUGCAGAAGAAUCAUGGGAAGCGCGGGAAGUUCAGUAGGAAGUGAAGCCAUUCUCUUUCCCUUAACUGUAAUCUUUUUUUCAUUUUUUAUAAUUAUAAUUUUUUUGUGAUAAUGAUGUGUAAUUUUUAAAAAUUUAAUUUUUAAUUAUUUUUUAUUUGCCACGUCACACAUUUAACGGUCAACUGUCAGAGUUGACCGCCACGUCAGUCAAAGUUAACGGAGGUUAACGGAGAGUGACCGAACUUGAACUGUUCAACUAAUUCGAGUGACUAUAAAUGGAAUAAAUUAAUUUGAGUGGU